GAAAAAAGGAAGAAGUCACUUUAUUCAUACCUUGUUUAUAUAUACACAUGCAGACCAACUACUCUGUCCUUCAUUCAUCAAUAUUCCUAUCUUCCUUUAUCUCUGUUCUAUCUAAAUAGCACUGAAACAUCGUUGAAUCCCUUCCAGAAUGAAUAUCGUAAUCGAACACAACCCUUCAAGCAUAAAGUUAUCUGAACUUGGAGUCAUGUCAUGGCCUAAAUGGUCUUGUCAGCCGGGGACAUAUGCAUUGGUAUUUGAAGAAAGAGAGACAUGCUAUUUGGUGAAGGGAAAGGUGAAGGUGUAUCCAAAAGGUUCAUCAUCAGAGUUUGUAGAGUUUGGUGCAGGAGACCUUGUCACCAUCCCCAAGGGACUUAGCUGCACUUGGGAUGUAUCUCUUUUCAUCGACAAGCACUACAAGUUCGAUCCCCCUGCUUAAUUUUUCUUACUUAUGAUCUAGUUUUUGGUUAGUCUUAUCACCAGGAAGCAUAAAAGAUUAUGUAUUCAGAUUAAUAAAGUAUAGAAGACAAACCAAAAAAAGACAAUGCUUAGGAUAUGUACAAAGCUCCUUCUAGAUAAUGUUUCUUUGUUUGCCAGAACUAUAAUCUCAGAGUAAAAUCCCUCUAGCUAGUUCAAAGAGACUUAAGGUAAGUGGUUUCAGCUCAUGGGGGAGUAACUGUAUUCUCUAAGCUUUUGAAAAUUCAUUUGAAGUAAUAAUCAAAAAGUUAAUCUCA